GGUGUGCACACUAAGUUUCUCUGUAAAUUAUUGUUUGUGUUUGUUCACAUUUUACCUAAGCUGGUUGGAAAAACUAGGCCGGUUUAUUGCGAUAGGAGAAGGGUCUUGUCGCUCCAAAUCCAAAAUGUCUCAUCAAACGGGAAUACAAGUGGAUGAUGAUCUUCGCAAGUUCUUUGCAACCUGUAAUGAUGGGCAUGUCCGUGUCAUGAAAAUUAUCAUUGAAGACGAACAGAUGAAAUUGAAAACAAGUGACAGUCCAUCUUCUGACUGGGAAAGUGAUUAUGAUGCAAAGAUACUUCCAUUGCUGGAGCCAAAGCAGCCUUGCUACAUACUUUACAGGCUCGAUGUGAAAACAGAAUAUGGGUACAAGUGGGUGUUCAUCAGUUGGUCACCAGACCACUCACAUGUGAGACAAAAGAUGUUGUAUGCGGGAACAAGAGCGACAAUAAAAAGAGAGUUUGGAGACAACCAUUUUCAAGAAGAAAUCUUUGGAACAGCAAUUGAAGAUGUUAAUCUAAAAGGAUACAAGAAAAGCAUGCAAGCCAAAAAUGCCCCUGCUCCACUUACUGCUUCAGAAGAGGAAUUGAAAAUCAUAAAACAAACAGAGGUCAAAACAGAUGGCGUGGACACCAAGCACGUCACAUUACCUGGUAUUGCUUUCCCCAUCUCUGAGGAUGCCAUACAAAAACUGCUGGAUUUCAGUCAAGGCACAAUCAGCUAUGUACAGUUGAGCAUAGAUGUGGUAAAUGAGCAGAUAAACCUAGAGGAAAUAGAUAAUAUUGACAUUGGCAGUUUGAGGAGUAAAGUGCCUUCUGAUCAUCCACGUUACCAUCUCUUCAACUACAAACAUAAGCACAAUGGGGAAUACAUGGAGAGGAUAGUUUUUAUAUACUCAAUGCCUGGGUAUUCAUGCUCAAUCAAGGAACGGAUGCUGUACUCUAGCUGUAAGGCCCCUUUUCUGUCUGUCAUGGAGGAUCAGCUCAAAAUGGACAUUGAAAAAAAGCUUGAAAUUGACAAGGGCAGUGAGCUCACCGAAGAGUAUGUUUACAGUGAAGUACAUCCAAAGCAGAAUAUUGUGAAGCAAGCAUUUGCAAAACCUAAAGGUCCAGGUGGGCGUGGACCCAGAAGAAUAACAAAGCCCUCGGCGGAUAGUUAAUCCUGAUUUCACUGUAGUUAUUGUGUUCAGGCCUUCUAUUCUCACUGGUUACUCUGCACAAAUUGAACAAAGUAACAGCAACGAUAUUUCACAGAGAGCUAAAAUUGCUUUCUGCAGCAAAACUGCAGUGUAUACUCAUCUUAAUAACCUGUCAAGAAUGCUGUUAACUCAAGUUGGAAGAGUAACAUUGUAUAAUAUAUGUAUAAUAGUGCCUGCUUCUGGAAUGUAUCUCUGAGGUUUCUAAUGGAAAGGAAAGCAUUACUUUGUUAUUUACAGAAAUCUAACAAAAUGAUUGUAGUUUUGAUCUUAACAUUUCGUGAGGUAAUCAAAAAAAUUGAUGUGUUGUAGUUCAUCUCAUUGACAGAAUGCUUCCAUCUUGCAUCUGUAGUAAAAAAAUCACCUGUAUUAUGCAAAUAUCAGCCAGUGCAGGAGGUCCUGAAAACAGAUGCAAUCUAUAGUGACACUGUACAUAUACAGUGGUUUGUUAAUAUAUUCUGUACUAAUGUGUUUCUGCUAUACCCUAGUUACACAUGUAGAAGAAUUAUAGAUUGUAUUUUUUGGUAAAAUACUUUUGUGUUGGAAGGGUUCUUUUAUGUAAAAACCAGGGGAAUGUUGCAACUUUUUCAUGUAAACCUUUUUGGCCAGCUUGUUUUUAUACCUUGCUGGUCCUGUGAUCAAUUGGUUGUUACAGUUGUUAUUUUUUUUUUUUUUUGUUAUAACAUAAAUCAACCAUUCCUCAAUUUCAUGGAUAGUGAAAUUCAAAAGUAAUUCAUGAUGCACACAUACAUGUACCUGUAUAUUGUUUUAUUUUAGUAAAUAAUAUAAUUAAAUGUCGGUUGAAUGAAGUUAAAUGAAAGAGAUUGAAAAUUCAGAAGCUGAGGGAUGUAGUGAGAUUCUAAUAGUCUUAUUGAUAAUCUCUAUUACAGUAGGUAUGUUUUUAGAGAGCACAGGGUACCACAGCAUCAGCUUCAGCAGGUACACAAUAAGUGUUUUGUCCAAGUUUAAAGAUGCUGACAAAGAUUGUAAAUCCCAGUAAAGCCAGGAUAGCUAUUCCAAACCAUUGGGCAACACAACAUUUAUAUCCCCUUUUAUAUGCUUCACACUGUAUCCAAUAACUGACUCUGUGUAAGAUAUUAAUUCAUUUGGAUUUCUCAGUAUACUUGUUCAUCAAGUAGGGAAACAGCAUGUUAACAUAGUGGUGUCCAGCUCUGUUUACCGCCCUUUUUUGGUACCGCUGUUUCCAUGAACAUAGCAUACCAAGUGUUGCAAGUUGUGAUCUUGAAUAUCUAGGGUACUCCUGUAGUGGGGCUACAUUGUCAUGAUUGGGAAUGAAAUUUCAGGUAACCUGUCUGAAUUUUUCCCGCAAAAUUAUCACCAUAUGUGUAGCACACCCAAACAGGUAACAGUGUAGUUUCUGGAAAGUUGACUGCCAAGAGUUGUCAAAUUGUUGUGCAACAAAGCUUUCAACUACCCUUUACUGCACAUCCUGAAUUUAAACAAGAUACAAAAGGUUGUCUCGUUUGCUAACUCUGAUCACACAUCCUGCUGUACCAAGGCAUGUUCAUUUGAUGUAGUUAGUCUUUCCAUGUACGUGUACCACUGAUGUGUCGCAUGAGUGUAGAUGAAAUAUCAAUUAUCCCUUUUCUCAUGUGAGCAUAGUAAUAUUAAUCAUUUAAACUCAAGAAAUUUGAAAUGAAGCGAAAAUAUUGUAUUGUAAUAUCCGUGGUUUUGAAACAUGUUAUAGAAACAAAUCUCUUCUGAAUAUCAGCAGUAUUUUUUACCGAAGACAAGGACUUCAUGAAUCUAAUUUUCUAUAAAAACAACCCACUGUGUACACACACAUAAUUUGCAUACUUCACCUACAUGUAUGAAGUAGCCUACAAUGUUUGUGUUUGGUGCAGUUGUAAAUUUACUUUUAUAAAAACUGUAAACAUCACUUGUAAAUUACCCUAAGUGCAAAAAACAAAGUAUGCUGAAUUUUAUUGGAUAUUUUCCAUAAUUUUCAAUCACUGCCCGAUAAACAUCCGCAGGACAAUAGCGAUGAAAUAAACCUAUUUGCUAUAGUUGUUUGCAAAUGCAUGUACAAGAGGUAAAAGUGAUUGAGUUGUUUUUUAUUGCUGUGUGAUGAAAACUCUAUUUGCAGUAUGCAGAAUUUGUUAAUCAUCCACAUCAGGAAUGAAAUAAAAGCUGACGUGCAGUCAUA